AUGCAGCACAGGCUGCCCAGGCGGCCCCGGCGGCUCCAAACCAGGGCGGCUUCCACUUGUGUUGGCCCCGCGGCGGUGAGGAUGAGGAUUCCAUGCUGGCCUUUGCUGGGAAGGUUCAUUCAGCCGCCUUCAGAGUUCCUCCAGAGCUAUCUGGGCCAUGUGGGUGGCAAGGUGAAGAGCCCGUUCCCACCACAAAUACGUGGCUUGAGGCGUGUGAAAGAGGAGCUCAUGCAGGAGCCGCCACAUGUACUGGCCAGCGUCGAUGCCGACAUCUCGCGCUUGAUCCUGGCGCUUGCUGGGUUCGAGCCCUCCCUCAGCGGCCGCAGCGACCUGAUCGCCUGGAGCGCGACCACAGAGCCAGAAUGGCCAGAAAGGGACUUGGAGGAGGACUUGGAGGACUUGGAGUGGUGGCACGAUCUGAGCCACGAACAUGUGGCCUUCGCGAGCCGGCGUCAGCUGGGCUUUCUUUACCUCAUGGCGCCGGACGACGUGGCAGAGCUGGAACUCCAAGAUGCUAGCGGCCAUGGCCCUGUGCUUCGACUUGAGCAUCUGCCCAGCAGCAGGCUGCUGGUCUUUCGAGCGGACCGCUUCUGCCUUUCCUCCUUGGCCUUUCAAGGCGGGGCCAACCCGGACGAAGCCUGCGCUCUGGUAGCUUGGGCCACGCAGCCAGCUCCUCUCCACCUCCAGGCCUUGAACACCGGGCGGCGCGUCUGGACUCCGAGCCACGAGUGUGGCUGCCUUGUCAGCCUCGGCCUGCGAGUUCCUGCAGCCAGCAGCCUGGAGGAGAUCCUGGGCCCCUACAUCGCCAGCUGCGAUGCGCAGAUCCAGGUGCCCACCACGCGCUUCGACACCUCCGCAUACUUCGUGGAGGACUUCGACUUCCAGCCCUGGCGCAACAGCUACCAAGUGCACGGCGGGCUGCUGGAGGACUCUGUGGCCUUCAGCUUCCCUCUCGACGCCUUCGGAAUGUCGGAGACCGAAGCUAAGGCCAUGGCGCCCAAUCAGAGGAAGGUCCUGGAAGUGAGUGCCGAGUGCUUCCAGCGCGCUGGCGUGGCCGAUCUGAAGGGGAGGAAGAUCAUGGCAGUGAUCGGCGACUGUGGCUCCGAGUGGUGGAAUACGGUGAGCAGCGUGGACGAGCUUGUCAGGCCGGGGCCGCCUCCUUCGCUGUACCUGACGGCGUCCUUGGUGUCCCAAGUGUUGGGCCUGGUGGGCACGAGCCUCACCGUGGACACGGCCUGCUCCGCGGGACUUACCGCCCUGUGCGUGGGCCUGGCACAGAGUGAGAGCUGCCUUGCCGGCGGGGUGAACAUCCUCAGCGAUCCGGGAGUGUACAUCAGCAACUGCGCGCAGGGCAUGCUCUCCAGGAGAGGCCGCUGCUUCACCUUUGAUGGUUCUGCCGAUGGCUACGCGCGGGGCGAGGGCUGCUGCUUGGCCUACGUGGUGCGGCGGAGGGAGCAAAGCGACGGCGUUGGCCGCGUCCUUGGCUUCGAGGUGAAUCAAGAUGGGCGAAGUGCCAGCAUGACUGCCCCUCAUGGGCCAUCCCAGCAGAUGUGCAUCCGAGCAUCCCUGGCGAAGGCCCAGCUGAAUCCAUCCGACCUGGCCACUGCGGAGUGUCACGGUACAGGCACCCCUCUUGGAGAUCCCGUGGAGGUCAACGCUCUUCGUUCGAUGCGAGGCUCGGGCACAGAGCCACUGCUUCUGACCAGCUCGAAGAGCAACGUGGGGCACCUCGAGGCCAACGCUGGGAUGCUGGGCUUGGCGAAGUGCCUGGUGAUGUGCCAGGGCCGUUCUUUGCCCAACUGCCACCUGCAUGCCUUGAACCCGCACUUGACGGAGAAGUGGCCUGCCUCCUUCCUUACGGAGCUGACGUCCUGCCAAGCGCCGGUGCCGACAGCUGGUGUGUCGUCCUUCGGCGUGUCUGGCACCAAUGCACACGCCGAUCUCUGGGCCGGGCUUUCUGACACGAGGAAGUCCUCGUAA